GCGGGAGGGGCCGUGCGCGCCCGCGGAGCCCCGCGGAGCCAUGGCGUACAUCCAGUUGGAACCAAUAAAUGAGGGUCUGCUUGCUCGCAUCUCGGAUCUCUUGCUGUGCCGGUGGACUUGCAGGAAUUGUUGUCAGAAAUGUUUUGACUGUAGCUGUUGCCAAACAAAUGAAGAUGAAGUUGAAAUCCUGGGACCUUUUCCUGCUCAAACUCCAGCCUGGCUGAUAAGCAGCCAAAAUGAGGACAAAGACGGAGACUCUGAUAAUGCCAUCAGCGAGCUGCCUCCCGCUCUGCAGGACGUGUCCCCUGACAGAAGGCGCUCGUCCUCGGAUACGUCGCGGUCCACGUACAGCCUCACGCGGCGGAUUUCGAGUCUGGAGUCGAGGAGGCCAAGUUCUCCACUAGUUGACAUCAAACCCAUCGAGUUCGGAAUAAUAGGAGCUAAGAAAGAAAUAGUUCAGCCAACUAUCCUGCGGAAAACCUACACCCCAGAUGACUAUUUUAGAAAAUUUGAACCAAGGCUGUACUCUCUUGACUCAAAUAGUGAUGACAUGGACUCCUUGACAGAUGAGGAGAUCUUGUCCAAGUACCAGCUGGGCAUGCUGCAUUUUAGCACACAGUAUGAUCUGUUGCAUAAUUACCUAAUAGUGAGAGUCAUUGAGGCUAAAGAUCUGCCUCCUCCAAUUUCUUACGAUGGCUCAAGGCAAGACAUGGCUCACUCCAACCCCUAUGUGAAGAUCUGCCUCCUCCCUGACCAGAAGAACUCCAAGCAGACCGGAGUGAAGCGCAAAACGCAGAACCCGGUGUUUGAGGAGAGGUACACAUUUGAAAUCCCCUUUUUAGAAGCCCAGAGAAGAACUCUGCUUUUAACUGUAGUGGAUUUUGACAAAUUCUCACGCCACUGUGUUAUUGGCAAAGUGUCAAUGCCCUUGAGUGAUGUAGACCUUGUGAAAGGUGGACACUGGUGGAAAGCCCUUGUGCCUAGUUCUCAGAAUGAAGUGGAGCUGGGGGAGCUGCUAUUGUCACUGAACUACCUACCAAGUGCAGGAAGACUGAACGUGGACAUCAUUAGAGCAAAACAGCUUCUUCAGACAGACAUGAGCCAAGGUUCAGAUCCCUUUGUGAAAAUUCAGCUUGUUCACGGAUUAAAAUUAACAAAAACCAAGAAGACCUCCUGCAUGAGGGGCACGAUAGAUCCCUUCUACAAUGAGUCCUUCAGCUUCAAGGUUCCACAGGAGGAGCUGGAGAAUGCCAGCCUGGUGUUCACAGUGUACGGGCACAACGUGAAGAGCAGCAACGACUUCAUCGGCAGGAUUGUGAUCGGGCAGUACUCGACGGGCGCCCCCGAGUCCAACCACUGGCGCCGCAUGCUGAGCGCGCACCGCACGGCCGUGGAGCAGUGGCACAGCCUGCGCUCCCGCGAGGACUGCGACCGCGUCUCGCCCGCCUCCCUCGAGGUGACAUGAGCCCAGGAGAUAAAACAAACCAAGCCAACGACUCGGCCACCCCACCUCGCACCCUACACGCGCCCCGCGGCAGCUCCGUUGGAUUCACGCGGCACCCAGGCAGCCGUGCUGGCCCCGGUGGUCCCACUGUGUGCCACUGGCUCCAGCUGUGCCCCCGGGGCCGGGCAGCUCGGGCUGAGCGUGGCCGUGCCGUGGGAGGCACGGAGCGGGUGCAGGAGCUGGGAGUUGCCUCUGCUGUCCUUCCAGUCCAAACCCAUGGCUCAUCCUCUCGGAGAUAUAAGUACCCGUGUGCUCUCGUUGGUGAACGUGGUAAUUAGGCUAGAAUAUUUUUUUAAACGGUAGAACCUGUGGUGAAAUCGAUUCUGACUGCAGUUUUGUCCUUGUAGUAGUUUUAACAGAAUUAAGCUGCUGUUAGUGUGUGCGUUUGUGUGCCAGGGCAGUGUGUGGCCCACGUGGGACGGAUCCCGUGUCCCGUCAGCGGUGACCUGCCAGUCUCAAUAGCAGUCUGUGUGUGUAGUAGAUUCAGUGCUGAUAUAGCAAAAUAAACAUUUCCAAUAGCAUUUGUACUGGGAAAACCAGCUCACGUCCUUUCAAACAUGUGCUGUGCAAAAAACCACCUGCUCCAGGGACUUGGACAGUUAAGAAGACCCAGAAACCACAAUUUUAAUUCUCUCACAGACUGCAGUGGCUUUCUGUGUUGUGUGUGUGUUUACCCAGGUAGUUCUUCAGGUCACCAAGUGAACUUAGCUACAGUCAAGCUGUCCUGUUGGUUGCUUCUGUACAUUUUAUUUUUCCACAGCGUAUUGUCUGGUAUGAUGGAGAUUGUAUAUUUAUUGAAAAUAAAAUACUAUUUAAUUGUGCCACA